AUCUGUGUAUUUACGGUCGUGCCACGAAGCCGAGUUGGACGAUCCGAGCGAGCGGCCGAGUCAGUUUCGCACGAGCAAGACGCGCGAGCAAACGCUUUUCUCGCACAUUUUAGUCGAUCGCCGUAGCUCGCGCACGACGCAUGGCCGCACAGAGUGCCGCUCUCUCACGAUCCAGAGAUCUCGAAUAGAAUUAUCUCUCGCGCGAGCCGGCAAAAAAACAUCGUAGGAAAACACCGCCGAUCGAAGGCUCGCACGUGCGCCACACCGAUAACAGUUUCGAUCCCGUUCGCAUCGAUCGAUCCCGCCUUAAAUCUGGAACAUUCUUCACGCCGGUGGACUCGGUGGACUCUCUCCGUUCCCCGAGAAAACGACCCCGUUGUCGCUGGGCCUUUUACGGGACCGGCGGGCACAGGCCCUUCGCUUCGCUCCGGACACAACGCUCUCCUCGUUUUCCGCACGGACGCGAAUUUCUCGCGUCGCCGGGCCCGCCGAUAGAUCGGGCUCCAAGGUGCGCCGGCCGCUGUCGAUUGGCGGGAAACGAUCGGCAACGUUUUAUUGGGAAUAAUAAAACUGGCUCGCUCGUAAUUGUGCGUCGGCGUCGAUCGCGGCACUGCGAUACGCAAGCUGCGCCGGAAAAGCGGACCGCGCUCCGGACCGAGUGAAAACACCGGGGAACACCUGUUCGCCGCGCCGUGAUCAACAGAUAACACAUUUACGAAAAUAAACCGUGUACCUAUCGCGAAGAAACGAAAUAGCUGCGCAACCAGGCAGUGAUAUGAAGAAUACUCAAACCAACAAUUAUGCGGGUGUGAACGGCAAGCAAGUGGUAACAAAUGGCAAAGAGGAUUAUGCGGACAACGACGAGGAGGUCGAUGCCGUGCAGGAGGCGAUCGGGGACCUUGGCAGAUGGCAAAUUUACGUGUGUCUGGCAAUCUCGUUGGUCAAGUUCCCGAUUGCUUGGCACCAGCUCGCGAUCGUCUUCAUGGCGCCACACCAGCAGUACAACUGCACCGCGCCAGCUCGCACAGAAUCGUUCGACCAGUGCAUAGUCAAUGUCAAUGGUACACUGACGGAGUGCACCGAGUGGGAGUACGACAAGAGCACGUUUUCCGAGACGAUCACGUCGCAGUGGAACUUAGUAUGCAGUCGAACGCAUUACGCCAAUAUCCAGCAAUCUAUUUUGAUGUUCGGCGUGCUUUUGGGCAAUAUUAUAUUUGGCAAUCUAGCAGAUAGAUAUGGCAGGAAGAUGCCGUUGAUGGUGUCCGUGAUUCUCCAGCUGAUUUCCGGUAUCGGCUGCGCGGUGGUGCCGUGGUUUCCGGCGCUGUUGCUGAUGAAAUUGCUCAGUGCCUUGGCCACUGGCGGCACGAUGGUUACCAGUUACGUUAUUUGUAUGGAGAUCGUCGGCACGCAAUGGAGGGCAGCCAUCACAGUACUUUAUCAAAUUCCAUUUAGUUUGGGCCACAUGUCACUGGCCGGUCUUGCAUUUCUAUUCCGCCAUUGGCAACACCUGCAGAUCGCGAUCACGCUGCCUUCUAUAAUCCUUCUGAGCUACUGGUGGAUCGUUCCUGAAUCUCCAAGAUGGUUGCUGGCAUUUGGCAGGCAACGGGCAGCCUGCAAAGUUCUACAAAAGGCCGCUAAUAUUAAUAAGAUAGAAAACAAGGACAUUCCAGACUUGGUUAGGCAACACUGUUUGCACCAGAAUUCCAAACGGACCGAAUCGGACCACAAGGCUUCCUUCAUAGAUCUCUUCCGCACGCCGAACAUGAGGGUGAAGUCCUUGUCGAUCUUCUUCAAUUGGAUCGUCUGCGGAAUGGGUUUGUUCGGGAUGUCGCAAUACAUUGGACAAGUCGGCGGCAAUAUUUUUCUGAAUUUCACGGUAUCAGGCGCGAUUCAGAUACCCGGAAAUUUCGUCGCUUGGUGGGCAAUGAACAGAUUGGGUAGAAGGAUCACGUUGAUCGCUAGCAACACGAUCACCGGCGUCGCCGCUCUCUUGCUGAUCGUCGUCUCGAAUGAUAUCGCAUGGCUUCGAUUGAUUCUAGUCUGUACCGGCAUCGUCGGCAUGUCGGUCUCCUUCACUACGGUCUACUUGUUCUCCGGCGAAUUAUUCCCCACGGUUGUUCGAAACAUUGGCGUGGGCACUAGCAGCAUGUGCGCGAGAAUAGGUUCCAUCACGGCACCAUUCGUGGUCUCUUUGGAUCAUAUUCAAACAUGGCUUCCGCCGGCCUUCUUUGGGAUUCUGCCACUUGUUGGUGCUGCGCUCUGUCUUCUGCUACCAGAAACUGUUGGGUGUACACUUCCGGAAACGCUUCACGACGGUGAAGAAUUUGGAAAGAAACCGCGCAAGAUAAAGAAGAAACCGAAGGAUGUCGAGGCGGAAGCAGCGCUGUGAACGAUAACUGCAACGAAAGCCAUGCGACGGAGUGUUUUUUUAAACGAAGUGCGACGGGGCAAUAGCGAGAAAUCGAGAACAUUGAUUUUCGUAGAGUAAUUAGGUGUAUAUAUAUACAUAUAAGUAAUACUGAGAUCAUUCCGCGUUCUUAUUUAUUACGUUACAUUCACAAUUUUUAACGGCAUCCGAAGAACACUGUUUUUCUUUCUCUUCGCGCAUACCUAGAAACAUAUCAAUCUCAUAUUCCAGCCGAAAUUGACCUUGUCAUUCGUAUUUGACGGAAUCGAGCAGCGUAUCCGCGCGAAACAAUGGGACACUCUUUUAGGCGAAUAGAAUUCUAUUAGAUGGUCCCCCAUUUGUUGGACGAAUAUUUUUGAUACCGGUGUUUACAAGACCACGAGGAGCAUUAUCUACUGCCAACAGACAGUUGCAAAGGAAGUGCCUUGUACCAUUUGUAUGCGAAUGUAUAAAUAGAUCUUAUAUUUUAUAGA